AUGAUUUCUAAUGAUUUCAAGUCCUUAGAGAGAAGAGAGAGAGAGAGAUUGGUUAACAAGUGUUCCAUUUCAUUCAGGAUAAUCAAACGUGCAAGUGGGCUUCACACAGCUAUCAGGAGCGAACCCCACCUGUUCACCCUCGAGAUCAAACACGACCCGAAAGCCCUGCUGCUGAGUAUUCCCGAGUAUGCCUGGCCCGUCCGUGACCCCCGCAAAGGCAAAGCAGUACGUCCCCUCCUCAUCCAGAGGAACCAAGCAAUUGGUCUUCGGCAAUUCCAUAAAUGCCCCUCCCUCGAACUGCAACGUCACAGUCGAGACUUCAUCCCCCUCUCUUAUACUGUAACACGUGUCGAAAAGCUCCGGCAUCGGCGAGUCCGCCGGGAUCAAAUUCUUGUUCUCUUCCUUGAAAGCGUCCCUCACGGCAUCGUACAUCCCUUGACUCAGCCGGCUUAUAGGCGUGCCCGAAUCCACAAUCACCUCCUUCUCGGCCGCGGCCUCCGGCAGCCCCACGGCCUUGCCUCCCACCGAGAUCCCGAUCAACCGGACUGUGUAGAACGUGAUCAUAUUCUCGCCUCUGCCUUUCACCAAAGGCGUGUAGACGGCGUUCACUGA